UUACUGGGGAGGGCAAAUCGGACUGGGAGCGUCGCGAGUUGAAGAAACUUUCUCAUAAACUUUUUUUCUUCAUGCUUUGUGAGAUAGAAAUGACUAUUUUAACCGCAUUUCUCAUGUUCAUAGUUUCAGUGGCCGAUGACUAAAUUAUAGUUGCUUUUAAACGUUUAAAAAAUCUAUUUUUUCUUUUUUUUAAAUCACAGUCAUUCAUUCCUUUUGGAUUUACAAUUUUAGGAGCAAUCGGAUUUCACGGGACAGUUUGGAUCAAAUCAUCAAUCACCUGUUGCAAAAAGAAAGAAAUGAGCCGCAUGUAUUUUGCUUGGAUAAUAUCAUGAUCAUGUCACAAAGAGUUUUUUGACCGCGUGGAUAUAAAAUGUGCUACUUACAGGUGCUAUGGGGAGCUGGGAUUCUGUGGCUUCUAAUGCCGCUGCCAGUGCACCAACAGUCCCAGGGAGUUCCAGUGUGCAGCGGCACCAUGAAUAAACUCAGCAUCUCCGGGACACCUGAGAUGCACUACACCACUUUGAAGAACAUGUAUGAAGGCUGUGAGAUUGUCAUGAGCAACCUGGAGAUUACUUACUUGGAAAACAACCGGGACAUCUCCUUUCUAAGGUCUAUCAGAGAAGUGAUGGGCUACGUGCUGAUUGCCAUCAACCAGGUUGACUAUUUGCCUCUGGAAAACCUUCGUGUCAUUCGUGGGACAAGCCUCUUUGAAGAUCAUUACGCCUUGACUAUUAUGGUGAACUAUCAGAAAGAUGGGACACUGGGUCUGAGACAGCUGGGAAUGACUCAUCUGACAGAGAUCCUGGAAGGAGGGGUGAAGAUCCAAAACAACGCUUUCUUGUACUAUGCAUUGACAAUUGACUGGAAAGACAUUGUGAAAGAGACUGCAAACAUUACCCUGGAUACCAAGAAGACUGGAUAUGGGAAAUGCCACCCAUCUUGCAACAACAAAUGCUGGGGUCCAGCUGAGAAUGAAUGCCAGACUUUGACAAAAAAAAUCUGCGCUCCCCAGUGCAAUGGCCGCUGUUUUGGAACAAGUCCAAAUGAAUGCUGUCACAUUGAGUGUGCAGGAGGCUGCUCAGGACAACAGGACACAGACUGCUUUGCUUGCAGCCAUUUCAAUGACUCUGGAGCUUGUGUGCCCAACUGUCCAUGGCCACGCUUCUAUAACAAGCAGACCUACCAGGAGGAACCCAACCCCAAUGCCAAGUACCAAUACGGUUCAAUCUGCGUCAGCCAGUGUCCACCUAACUUUGUGGUGUACGACAGUUCAUGUGUUCGUGCCUGCCCAAAUGACAUGAAGGAAGUGGAGAAGAAUGGAAUGAAGCAGUGUGUGUCCUGUGGGGGGCCUUGUCCAAAAACAUGCAAGGGGACUGGCUCCAGUAACAGACAGACGGUGGACUCGAGCAACAUUGACAGCUUCAGAAACUGCACCAAGAUUCAGGGGAACUUGCAUUUCCUCACCACUGGCAUUGAUGGUGAUCCUUGGCACAACAUCUCUGCUCUUAACCCUGAGAAACUGAAGGUUUUUGAAACAGUGCGUGAGAUAACAGGCUGCCUGAGCAUCCAGUCCUGGCCUAAACAAUUCAACGACUUCAGUGUUUUUAGAAAUCUUACAACCAUCCGAGGACGAACACUCUACCAGGGUUUUUCACUUCUGAUAAUGAAGCUGCCCAAUGUGACAUCUCUGGGCCUGCGCUCUCUCCGGGAAGUCAGUGCCGGCAAAGUUUACAUCAGUGACAACAAGCAACUUUGUUACCACUACACCAUCAACUGGACAACACUAAUGAAAUCGCCUGCAAAACAGGGGACUGACAUCAAGAAUAAUCGGCCAUAUAACGACUGCACAUCAAAAGGACAGCUGUGUGACCCACUGUGCUCUAGUGUUGGUUGCUGGGGUCCAGGACCAGAUCAGUGCCUCUCUUGCCAGAACUUUAGUCGAGGAGGCACAUGUGUACCAGAAUGUCAUUUUACAGAAGGGGAUAUUCGCGAGUAUGCCACAAAUCUUGGCGAGUGCCUUCCCUGUCAUCCUGAAUGUGAGAACAUUGACGGUCAGCCCAGCUGUAGAGGACAGGGUCCAGAUGCAUGUGCUUCAUGUGCACAUUUCAUAGAUGGUCCCCACUGUGUUGAAUCCUGUCCUCAGGGCAUUAUGGGAGAGAAGGGGCCCAUUUUUAAAUUUGCUAAUGCUGAGCAUCGAUGUGAACCAUGCCAUCCAAACUGCACUUCAGGGUGCAAAGGUCCUAACUUGGAAGACUGUAGUGGAAUACCAGAACCCAUAAUCAGCAAUCCAGUCACAGCCAUUGUUCUAGGUGUCAUCGCAUCUCUUAUAGUCUUGACAUCUGUCUUUGUGUUGUGUGUGUUGUAUCAACGUGGGCUGGCAAUCCGUCGCAAGAGAGCCAUGAGGCGCUACCUGGAGAGUGGAGAGGGCAUAGAGCCACUGGAUCCCAGUGAGAAAGGCACCAGAGUUCACACCCGCAUAUUCAAGCCCACAGAACUUCGGAAAAUCAAAUUGCUUGGUUCAGGAAUCUUCGGAACAACAGUACACAAGGGAGUGUGGAUUCCAGAAGGAGAUACUGUGAAGAUACCUGUUGCAAUCAAAACUAUCCAGGACCGAACUGGCCGGCAGACUUUCCAUGAAAUUACAGAUCAUAUGUUGUUCUUGGGAAGUCUGGAGCACGCCUAUAUUGUGAGAGUGCUGGGGAUCUGCCCUGGUGACAGCCUAAUGCUCAUCACCCAGCUCAGCACCCAUGGAUCUCUGCUUCAACACAUCAAACAGAAGAAAGACAAUCUUAGCUCACAGCGCCUUUUGAACUGGUGUGUACAGAUUGCAAAGGGAAUGGCCUAUUUGGAGGAGCAAAGACUAGUUCACAGCAAUCUGGCUGCCCGAAACAUCUUAAUGAAAUCGGACUUCAUUGUUCAGAUCUCAGAUUUUGGGAUUGCUGACCUGUUGUAUCCUGAUGACAAGAAAUACUUUUACAAUGAUAUUAAAAAGACACCAAUUAAAUGGAUGGCCUUGGAAAGUAUUCACUUCCGGAAAUAUACCCACCAGAGUGAUGUCUGGAGCUACGGUGUAACGGUGUGGGAGAUGAUGUCAUUCGGAGACGAGCCUUAUGCUGGAAUCCGUCCACAGGAAGUUCCUGAAUUGCUGGAGAAAGGAGAACGUUUAUCUCAGCCUUCCAUCUGCACCAUUGAUGUGUAUAUGGUCAUGGUGAAAUGUUGGAUGAUUGAUGAGAAUGUCCGGCCCACGUUCAAGGAAAUAGCAAGUGAAUUCACUCGCAUGGCAAGAGACCCAUCACGCUUCCUUGUCAUUAAGAGAGACAGCAGUAUUGCAGACCCCUACUCUGAAGAGUCCCCUCAAAGAAUGAAAGCAUUAAAGGACAAGGAGUAUGAGAUGGAUGAACAGGACAACUUAUCACUUGAGAACAUAGCCUCAGGAUACCUCUACCAACCUUCUACACACACCCUGACACGCAACCACAACUCCUCGCAGAUUCUAUUUACAUCAACCAGCCCCGCUGGAUAUAUGACAAUGACCAAUGUGCCAGGAGUGGAAACUAUCAGACAGGUGUCAUUGUUUUCACGCUCCCGGAAUGGUUCAGCCCGUACCCAGUCUGAGUCAUCAGAAGGCCAUGGCACUGUUUCAGAGGCAGAAAUGAAUGAAGAUGGUUCCUUGGUUGGCAGUAUGCGCAGAACCCGGCGUCGAGAAGACAGUGCUUACCAUUCACAGCGCAUCAGCUUGACGUUACCAUCAGAGCCAGAAGACUCGGAUGAUGAUGAUUAUAAUGGAUAUGUCAUGCCAGGUGUAUCAUCUUCAACUGAGAGAGAAGACUGUCCCCUCUCUUUUUAUGGGUCACAGAACAGCACCCUACCUCGCUCAAAAGCAUCCAGGGGAAGGAUUUUAAAAGGCAAGUCUGAGCAGAAGAUUCCAGAUGAUUAUGAGUAUAUGAAUAAACAGAGUCGCCUGUUAGGCUUGGUAGCUGGAAGUGUAAGUAGUGAGUUGCCACAGCUGCAAAAGGAAGAACGUGUUGAGUAUGAAUACAUGGACACAAGCAGUGCAGCUACAGAUUCAGCAGACCCUCUGGGAGCCACCUCAGUCAAAGAUGACCAUACCACAUCUGAAGAAGAAGAGGACUAUAAGUAUAUGAACAAACAGCCCAGGCUUACUAAGUCGCUGCUUCAUAACCAGACAAAACCUCAGCCUGGAAUUGCUAUUUGUGAAAACCCAGCACAGGAACUGAUAUCUGCUUCACCUUCACCAGAGAAUCCUACCCCAGAACAUCAGGAAUACGAAGAGAUGGAUAGAAUUGUUGUGUCUGAAUCACCAGAGCUUUUCAAGAGUACGAGUUCCCUCUCUGUCUCACCUCCUACGUAUCAGAACUUCCCAAAAGUGGACUUAACAAUUGAGAAGGGAAAAAACAUGAAUGGAUUUGUAAAAGUGAGAGCAGGAUGUGAGCCUGGUCAAGACCACUCAUUUGAUAACCCUGCUUACUGGCACAGCAGGCUUUUCCAAAAGCCUGACCCAUUACGUACAUAGUAAGUGCAGACCUGAACUGGGGCAACGCCAGGCUGGUUCUGGAAAGAAAGAGAAUCAAGCAGCCCCAUAUCCGGACCCUUGCAUGUGAAGGAUGUGCCAAGUCUUUUCCUGUAACUGGUUGGGAACUACAAACUUAAAAUAUGGAACUGGAAAACAAACUAUAUCCUAACCACAAUCUAUGACCAGCAUUGGCCAGGCUUGGGGGAAAAGUUGAAAUUGCACUUCAGGGUGCAGGAGUUCACCAGACUUUGUGUUUUAUAAAAACAAGGGCAAUGCAUACUUGUCCUUUAAAUACAUUAUUUUGACCAUUUUUUAAAUGUUUUGAAUAAGUAAAGGGCAUUAUAAGCAAUUGUGGAUUAUAAAUUAUGUUUCUAGUCUGGACUUUGGACUACGGUCAUUUCCUGAAGGGAAUGGCCCCUAUCCAGGUAGUUGGAUAGCCAUUAUUUUGAGCCUAAAAAUUUACCUCAAGAAAAAAAAUUAAAAUACACCAAAGAACAAUAGAAGCAAAGCGGGUUAUUGAAGGUGUUACACUUACCUCAUUCCUUAAAUCUAAUGUUGUAAUUUGUCACUAGUGGGAAAUGUACCAUUGUUUUACUCAUUAUUUACAUUUAUAUGCAUUUUUGAAAUCCUUAGCCAAGCCAAUGAUAUUACAGGUCAGCGGUGUACUGCAUAUUAGACAAGACAACACAACAGCACAAUGUAUCAAAAGUACCACAAAAUCUAUAUCAGUGAUUGUUUUCUAAGUUAAAAGUUACAAAAACGUUUCUACAUAUGUGUUGGUGAUCCAAUUACAAUACACGGCCUACAGUUUAAUCAGUAGUUUUUUGUAACCCCAAGUAAACAAACCUGUCUGUGCUCAAAAAAGAAUGUGUAUGUUUGUACAAAAUAUUGUUUGGGGUUGUUUUCUCCAUAAAUAUGUCAUAUACAGUGAUCAAUUUAUGAGGUAAAGAAUCUCACUGCAGAAUCGAGAGGGCUGGAAUGUUAAAUCCUAGAAAAAUCAAUCCACUUCCUUGCUUUUCUUUUCAAUAUAUGACUUUGUUCAAUCAUUACACACCCAGUUUCUCCCAUUGCUUAAAACAUAAGUAGUAUAUGCACUUACGAGUCUGAAUGUAAUGUCUUCCUUCAGUAUUCUCCUUUACUAUGCAUUGAAGGCAGCUGGAUGGUGAUGUAGCAGUGAAAAGAAUAACAUAAAAAGAAUAAUUAACACAAUAUUUACUCACUCAUUCUGGAGCCUAAUGUUGUGUUCACAUACCAAUGGACGGAUGGGAAAUGUGAGUUUCUAACUUGGAAAUUUCAUGUGGACGCCCUACAAAAUCUGAGCUAAAAAAAAAAUGCUUCCCAAAUUCUCCGAGUUGUGACAUAAUGCUACCCUUUCAGUCAGUUUCAUAAAAUAAAAAACAUAAUCUGGUCAGGUAGAAAUGGCAUUUUUGGGGUUGAACUGCAUUUGGAGUGAUUUGAUACAGAUUAAAUAAUUUUGUUUGCUUUUUAUCAUUAAAUUGCUUUUGUUUGUUGGCAGACCAAGUUAACCAAUCAACAGCGACUUUUCCUUGGUCCCAGAAAUUCCUGUGAAUGCACUGAAGUGGCACAUGUCACAAAUGGGACUCCUGAAAACUCCCUUAGUAUAUGAACACAGCAUAUGCCAGCAACAUUGAAGGCAAAGCAGAAACAACCCUGGAUGUUGCACCAGUCCUUUGCCAACACAAUCACAAUCACACGCACACACAUACACACACACACACACACACACUCUGCCACAGUCAAAUAAGGCCAGUUGAGAGUUACUAAUUAACUUAAAGUGCCAGUAGUUGGGAUGUGGGUAACACUCAAGCAGACAUGGGACAAACAUACAGAUUCCACACAGGCCUUGCCCCAGUCUAAAAUGCAAACCUAGGACUCAUGAGCUAGCUCUCUGUUAUUUAUUCCUGUAGAUGAUGUGAAAUCAUUCAUUAAGCUGACUUUUUAGAAUAGUGUAAAUAGUAAGCAUUUUUGCCAAAUGAAUUGAUUUUUGACUGUAAUCACUUUUUACCAUCAAUCAAGUGAUUACAAUAUAAUGUAUGCUUAUGACUCCAUUAUAUACCAUUAAGUUCUAGAUCACAAAAUGCUGGCACAUUUGUGUAUUCUUUCAUUUAGUUUCAAAAUCUAUUUGCUCCAAUAAAGGGUACUGGGAGGUAGGACAAAGCCUAUCCAGGCAACAUCAAGUGUUGGACUGCAUGCCAUUCCUUUAUUAGUUAAAGUUUCACACACACAGUCACUUCUAAAUAGCUAAUGUACAGUAAAAGCGCUGAAUUAAAUAAAUGAAUUCAUUAAAAAAACUACAGCCCUGGUAAUGUGAUUAACUGCACAAUACACAGGCAAAAACAGCAAAUGGUUCAGGAUCAAACCAAAGACGUGAGGGCGAGCACUGUCCCAUACCCAAACCACCAUUGUACAAAGAAAAUCUUUUUUACUGACGUGGCCCCCUACAGGUUUAAAUGUUUCGAUAAUGUAAAUGAACAAAUUGACAUGCAUUCUUGAGUAACUUCUUUAUUUGUUUUAAUUACUUUAUUUUUUUUACUUUGUCUGUAUACUUUUCAAAAUAUCAUUUUGUAUUAAAAUAUCAGUACUGAA